CAAGAGACAUUAGUGAAUAAUGUUCCAGAGUAAUGGCUUUUCCCACCAACACAGGGGCUUUUCACCGGAGGCUAUGACACCAAACUCCGGUAUGUCGCGGCCAAACAGCAAAUCCAUUUACAAGCAAAGGAAAGAAUACUCAGAUUCCCUUAACAGACGAUCAGACAACUUCCAGUACAGGGUGGAGCAUCUUUUAACUUGUGAACUGGAUGGGAGGAAUCUGAAUAACGUGAGUGACUGUGUGGCCAGACUCAAACAACUGGAUAGCAAAGGCAAAGUAUGGGGCCAAGAAAUGAUCCUGGAGGUGAUAGGCGACUACUUACAGCUUUGUGAUAUUGAAACUAAGGAAAUGUUGGAGUCUUUGCCUCUUGGCACCAUCAAAGACAGUAAGGCAGUUUUGGACAGUUGUGCCUACAACUCCCUUCUCGUGGUCACGGUCCAUGAUCGUUACAGAAAGGGGCCCCCACAUGUCUUUAUGUUCCAGUGCGAGGAAAUCGGGGCUGAGGAAAUUAAAGAUGAUUUGAAUCGAGUGGCCGAACAAAGGGGCGGUGACUAUCCUGGUGAAGCUCCAAGAGACAUGCCAGUCGAUAUCAGAAGCAAUCUAGAGAAUAUUGUUGGACAGAAAUUCCCUGGGAAUUUCCCCAAAGCUGCAAUUGUUCCCAUACAGCCAGCACCUGCACCCCCAGAUCACCCUCCACCACGGUGGAACAGUCCCCAGGGAUUUGAUGAUCGAAUGUCACCACCGCCUUCUUUGUAUGGCUCAGACACAUAUGACCGGCAGUACUCACCAGAACCGCCAUCGUAUGACAGUCAUCACCCACCAGAAAUGCUACAGGCUGCUGAAGACGAGAGAGCCAAGGAGAUUUUCAACCAUGUUGUGGAUGAUGUGGAGCUGUUCAUGCGAAAGGUUGCAAAGUCUUUGCCUCAAGAAAACAAGAAGGGGAAAAAGAAGAAAAAGAAAGAUAAAAGUGCAGACAGAAAGUCGGCGAACUUACCGCCUCUGGAGGAAUAUGUGUCCUGUCUUCAAAAAAUAAAGUACGGCUUUAAUUUGAUGGGCAAACUGAGAGGGGAAAUGGGGAACACUGCUGAAAUCAUCCAUGGACUUUUCAUUUCUCUUAACUUUUUGGUGUCGCAUUACCCUCCUGACAUUCCUCCUACUGUCACCACUCCGCUCUUGACUGAGCCAGCCCUCCUACUCCUCUCUCAGUUGGUCACUCAGGAAGAGAAUGAACUCUGGAAGAGAUUAGGGGAUGCCUGGCAAAUCCCCAGAUCCAAGUGGCCAAACAGUGAGAUGGUUCCUCCUUAUAUCCCAGUCUUUUCUGACGGGUGGCAGGCCCCUCCGCCCAUCCAGUCCCAGUUUGAACCUUUAAACCAACAGCAGCUGUCAAGGAGAAACAGCAUGCAUUACUCCACUCUCAUGCAACCGCCCCCCGAACAGCAGCAGUUAAACAGAAGGAACAGUCAGCACUAUCCUCCUAUGCAGCUGCCACCUGAACAGGACAUGAGGCCCUGGAACUCUCCGCCCCAGCGCUCCCGUGAGCCCCCCCUUUCCAUGCGUGUGAUUUAUGACUUCAUGGCCAGGAGCAAUCAGGAACUGAGCGUACUGAAGGGGGAAGUGGUACAGGUUGUGGACAAAUCCGGCCAUUGGUGGAAAGUGCGUAACUCACAGGGUGCGGAGGGCCAUGUACCCCCGAGUGUUCUGGAACCUAUGGAUACAGACAUGCCCAGGGGAAGGAGCUCAGCCCCAACUCUCACAGGAAGAUCCACACGGGAAGACGUUAGAGCUUGGCUCCAGUACAAAGGCUUCUCCAACUCAACAUUGCGUAGCCUUGGAGUGAUGGACGGAGCCAUGCUGUUGAGAAUGAGUAGAGACGAGAUGAGGGCGAUUUGCCCGGAGGAGGGUGGGAGAGUCUUCUUCCAGCUCCAGGCUGUCAAAUCAGCCCUGGCCCUGGCAAGUGAAGUGGGCUAUAACCAGUACAAUGGUCGUUGA